AUGACUGAAGUGGUGGUGAACGGAGCCGGAUCUGGCGACUUCGACCUCAAGUCCGCCCGAGAAGCCCUAUCGUCCUCUUCCACGUCCACAAGACUGCAGCAAUUACGAGCAAUUGAUGAGAGGAUAUCUCAAAAUGCAAUCGACAAGGCAACUCAAUUGCAGCUGUUGAAGACCCUGUUCUGGACUCAUGCCUUCUAUACCGACCGCCCUUCCCGGAAAGCUGUGCAAAAAUGCUUGGUUUCAAUAUGCAAGGAGGGCGACUCGGACCUCCUUACCCCAUUCGUUGCUGUGGUUCGACAGGAAGCUGCGAAACCGAACAUUGCGGCAAACAAUGCUUUCGUUCUAGUUGAGUGGUGCGGCUUGUUGAUGGAGCAUCUUGCAACAACUCCACUGUGGGAAAAGUUCGGAAAGGACAUUAUUGCAGCAGACUCUGAUGCCCUCGAGAAGUGUCUUCGUUCCUCAACUAAGGGUGGUGUUGCGCAUUCUGCGCUUAUUGUGACACGGCGGGGACUACGAAAGCUAGCUACCUCUGAGGGCUCUGAAAAGGCAAUUAAUGAUGCUAUACAAGAUCUCUCCGCCAAGGGUUCGCAGCCAACUUCCAAGAACGCCAUAAUGCUUGGUGUGAUUGCUGGUGUUUGUUCUAGGAAGCCAGAAGCUAAGCCCUUCGUUGCGAAGCAGAAGUCUUUAUACCUCGCAUUUUACACACGAGAGAUUAUUGGAUCUAAGACACAGGUCCCGAAGCAUCUUGCCGCUGGUCUGAACGACUUCUUCUCGGCAUACCUUACACUGGAUGAUCUCGAAAAGGAAGUAAUCCCAUCACUGGAGAAAGGCCUCCUGCGAGCACCUGAGAUUGUACUGAAUGAUCUUGUUACACCUUUGAUAGAGUCUCUCCCAGAGGAGUGGGAUUUGUCCAGCAUACUCAAUGGGCACCUUCUCAAGCCACUGCUUUCCAAUGUCAAGUCGACGAAUCCGGCUAUCCGCAGUGGCGCGGUUGCGGCUUUCCAUGUGGUGGCCGAUCAAUGCCGGGAUUUCGGUGCAUUAGAGAAGACUGCUGACGAAAUUCUGACGCCGUUGAAGACGGGUAAGCUUGCAUCAGCAGAUCACAGAGUUCUUCACUCCGAGAUGCUUGCGUUCCUACCAGAAACAAACACCGUGGCAGAGAAGAUCGUUGCAGCUUUGCCAGCAGUAGCUAGCAAAGAAGGCAAUGAGCCCGCGCUCGCUGCAGAGACAUUGGCCCUUACAAAAGCGGCCAAAAUCAUGCUAUCAGGGGAACUUGAGUUACCAAAAGCUGUCCUCGAUGCCGCGAAAUUACGGAAAGAAGCUGAAGAUGCCCUGGCGGACCUCUAUGCCCGAAAUCAGACUCAGGUCUCUGGCGUCAUUAUAAACGGCCUGUGGCAUUGGCUUGAGAUGUUUGAGGUAGGCGAUAAGGAUAGUGCUGCUGUAUUGGCCAAAUCUGAGAAGGACAACCUCCAUUUGGCUUUAAAGUCUAUCUGCCUGACCCCAGUCGAAUGCGCAAAACGAGCGCAGUUGACUGCAGCAAAAGACCUGUUGGAGCCUCAAAUGUGCUCGCUGGUUGUACUUGCUCGUCAACAACUCAUCCCACGUUCCAAAUGGAUUGAUUUGUGCCUGCGAGUCGAUGUAGAUCCCGGUGCUCUAGCGCAGAAGUACGAGAAAGAGCUGUUGGAGGAGGUGGUUGAACGAACAAGUUUUGAGAGUUCGCGGGCCACCAAAGAAGCUGCGUGCGAUGCAGCAGCAGAACUCGCCUUUGUUGCCCCUGAGAUCAUGACGCCACGUAUCAUCCAAUUGAUCCAACGCGAUUUGGAUGUUUCUCAACUACAUGAUAUCGGGCCGGUCGAGGCAGCGAUCUUUCGCACACCUGAGGGUACCGCAUUCGUUGAUGUCCUUGCGAAGAAAUCACAAGUCGUCCCAAAUAAAAAUACUAAAGACUAUGAUACACUAAAGUGGGAGGAAGAAUUGAGAGCCCAAAUAGCGCAGAAAAGGGGUCAGCAAAAGAAGCUGACAGCCGACGAAACUGCCAAAGUCAAUGCUCAGCUAAAGAAGGAGGCUGAGAUUCGUCUCCGAGUGCAGCACACCGAAGCAAGGUUAUUACGAGGGUUUGGGAUUGUUCAAAGCCUCGUGACGGGACCGCCGACCGAUGCUGCUCUAUGGAUGGGCCCUGCAGUUCAAGCACUGCUUGAUGCUAUUGAGGCAGGCGCGACUUUGAUCACUGGAGAAGCUGGUCCUUCAGCAUACAUCACGCUUUCGAGCCUCAUCUCCUCGCGUCUUGGGCCGAUGGCACCCUUUGUUGGAGUCGCUACACUACGAGCUCACGAUGUAUCAGCCCUGCCUGAGAACCAAAUACAGGAGCCAGUCGAGGAUCUAAUCACCCGGGUGCUGUAUCGUCUCCGCUUUGCUGGAGAGCAACGGCCAUUUGAUACGGUUUCCUUGAUUUAUAUGAUACCCCUUAUUCUUUUGGUCUUGCGCAAGGGUGGAUUUGGCGAAACGACUGAUGAUCGUGAUGCUCAGUUGGUGCUGGCCAUCGAGUUUAUCGCCUUUCACACAAGCUCUUGCGAGGACGAAGCUAUGCCACGGUCCGAUCUACUCUCCAUCCUCAUCUUUUCCAUGCAACAGUACAGUCAACACUACAAAAUUGUUAAGGACUGUUUUGCAGACCUGGUCCGUUGCAUUGCACCUAAUGUCAGCCAGGAUGAGAUCAGAGUCCUCGCUGAAGGAGCUAUUGUGCCUCAAGCCACAGUCAGGACAACUGUAUUGCAGUCGAUCAGUGCUGAAGUGGACAUGAGCGAGCUUGACUUCUCCGAGGAGAUCUGGCUUGCUUGUCAUGAUGACGUCGAGGAGAAUGUUGAGUUGGGCAAAGAAAUCUGGCAAGAGAGCGAGUUCGAGGUUUCUCAUGAUGUGCCGUUCAAAACACUGCCUUACUUGCAGAGCAAAGAUGGGCAACUGCGACGAGCGGCUGCAAGAUCGCUCGCUGAGGCAACACAUAUCCAUCCUUCAACGAUGCUGAAACUUUUAGAGCACCUGAGAGCUUCGUACCUUGAACUUGCCAAACCGCGGGUGCCACAGCUUGACGAGUACGGUAUGCCGAAGAAGAUGGAUCUUUCCGACCCCUGGGAAGCGAGACAUGGUAUAGCCGCUGCUUUAAAAGAGCUUGCCCCUUAUCUUGAAAUAGGCCAGUUGGAUGCGUUCUUUACUUUUCUCAUCGAGCAAGGACCUCUCGGCGAUCAGCAUGCUUCUGUCCGCAGCGAGAUGUUAGAAGCCGCCAACAACGCCAUCAGCAUACAUGGAAAGGCCAUUGUAGAUAAACUCAUGAAAACGUUCGAGAAAACGCUCGAGGCCCCAGACAAGGGCUCUGAAGCUGGCGAUCGGGUCAACGAGGCAGUCAUUAUCAUGUAUGGUGCCCUCGCUCGACAUCUCAAACCAGGUGAUGCGAAGAUUCCAGUCGUCAUUGAGAGGCUUCUUGCUACCUUGAGCACUCCAUCCGAGACGGUGCAAUAUGCCAUAGCAGAAUGUCUUCCUCCCUUGGUUCAAACUUGCGGUGACAAAUCUUCAAAAUAUUUCGAUCAAAUUCUCGAAACUUUGCUCACCUCAAAGAAGUAUGCAGUCCAGCGAGGCGCAGCUUAUGGACUUGCAGGUUUAGUCAUGGGACGCGGUAUUAAUUCUUUGAGGGAGUAUCGAAUAAUAAUUUCCCUGAAGAGCGCUUUGGAUAACAAGAAAGAAGCAAACCAGAGGGAGGCAGCUCUUAUAGCUUAUGAGCUGCUAGCAACGGUUCUUGGUCGCUUAUUCGAGCCGUACGUCAUCCAAAUCGUCCCACAGCUGCUUACCGGCUUUGGCGAUGGUAAUGCCAAUGUUCGUGAUGCGGCGUUGGCUGCCGCGAAGGCAUGCUUCGCUAGACUCAGUUCUUUCGGUGUCAAGAAAAUUCUACCCACUUUGCUUGACGGUCUUGAUGAAGAUCAGUGGCGAAGCAAGAAGGGAGCCUGCGACUUGCUCGGAGCGAUGGCAUACUUGGAUCCGCAGCAGCUUGCACAGAGCUUGCCAGAAAUCAUUCCUCCGCUGACGGCUGUUCUAAAUGACAGUCAUAAGGAAGUGAGAUCGGCUGCCAACAAGAGCUUGAAGAGGUUUGGCGAGGUCAUCAACAACCCUGAAGUCAAGAAUCUCGUUGAUAUUCUACUCAAGGCCCUCAGUGACCCCACUAAAUACACAGACGAGGCUUUGGAUGCACUCAUUAAGGUGCAAUUUGUGCAUUACCUGGAUGCACCGUCGCUGGCUCUCGUUAGUCGUAUCUUGCAGCGUGGUCUCAGUGAUAGAUCCAAUACAAAGAGGAAAGCGGCCCAGGUCAUCGGUAGUUUGGCUCAUCUCACUGAGAGGAAAGAUUUGGUGGCCCAUCUCCCCGUCCUGGUCGCCGGUCUCAAGCUUGCCAUUGUUGAUCCCGUACCCACUACCCGUGCAACCGCAUCUCGAGCACUUGGAUCUCUCGUCGAAAAGCUGGGCGAAGAUGCGUUGCCAGACCUCAUCCCGCAACUCAUGCAAACUCUCAAGUCCGACACUGGUGCUGGCGACCGACUUGGUUCUGCUCAGGCUCUUAGCGAGGUGCUGGCAGGAUUGGGUACAACCAGGCUGGAAGAGACCCUGCCUACCAUCCUUCAAAAUGUCGAGUCUUCCAAACCCGCUGUCCGAGAAGGCUUUAUGUCGUUGUUCAUCUUCUUGCCUGUCUGCUUUGGCAACAGCUUCGCAAACUACCUUGGAAAAAUCAUUCCGCCAAUUCUUUCUGGACUUGCGGACGACAUUGAGUCUAUCCGAGAGACUGCUCUCAGAGCCGGUCGAUUGUUGGUCAAGAACUUUGCUGUCAGGGCUGUCGAUCUCUUGCUCCCUGAGCUAGAGCGUGGUCUCGCAGAUGACAGCUACAGAAUCCGUCUCAGCUCUGUCGAGCUUGUCGGUGAUCUUCUCUUCAAUCUUACUGGCAUUACCGGUAAGGAAGACACCGAGGAGAUGGACGAAGAGAAUGUCAAAGAAGCGGGGGCUUCGUUGCGCGAAAUCCUUGGUGAAGAGAAACGCAACAAGAUUCUAUCCGCGCUGUAUAUCUGCAGAAACGACACGGCUGGAGCCGUGCGAAGCGCAGCAAUCAGCGUCUGGAAGGCUCUGGUGUCUACUCCGAGAACACUCAAGGAGCUUGUUCCUACACUUACGCAGCUCAUCAUUCGCCGUCUUGGCAGUUCAAACAUGGAGCACAAGGUUAUUGCCAGCAAUUCCCUUGGAGAGCUCAUUCGAAAGGCUGGUGAUGGUGUCCUAUCAAGCCUUCUGCCUACUUUAGAGGAAGGUCUACAGACAUCGACUGAUACCGAUGCUAAGCAGGGUAUCUGCCUUGCGCUGAAGGAAUUGAUCUCCUCGGCGUCAGAGGAGGCCUUGGAGGACCACGAGAAGACCCUUAUCUCUGUCGUACGAACCGCACUCACUGACUCCGACGAAGACGUCCGUGAAGCAGCCGCAGAAGCCUUCGACUCUCUGCAACAGAUUCUGGGCAAGCGUGCAGUAGAUCAAGUAUUGCCAUUCUUGCUCAACCUUUUACGCUCCGAAGACGAUGCAGACAAUGCCUUGCAGGCCCUGCUUACUCUUCUGACAGAGACGACUCGUUCAAAUAUUAUUCUGCCGAACCUCAUCCCUACACUCAUCACACCCCCAAUCUCUUCGUUCAACGCUAAAGCUUUGGCAUCCCUGUCCCAGGUUGCCGGCGCUGCUAUGAACCGCCGUCUACCAGGUAUUAUCAAUUCGCUGAUGGACAACAUCAUCAAUAGCAAAGAUGACUUGCGAGAGGAUUUGGACAAAUCAUUCGAUACAGUACUUCUGUCUAUCGACGAAUACGAUGGCCUGAACACUGUGAUGAAUGUUCUUCUACAGCUCCUUAAGCAUGAAGACCACCGAAAGAGAGCUGCUACCGCCCGUCACUUGGCGACAUUCUUUGCACAGGCUGAUGUUGACUACUCUCGCUACAACCAAGACAUUAUUCGCGCACUGCUUCUGUCCUUUGAUGAUCGCGACCUAGAGGUUGUCAAGGGUGCAUGGAGCGCGCUGAGUGAAUUUACCAAGAAGCUGAGGAAGGAAGAGAUGGAGGCUCUUGUGCCUUCUACUCGGCAGACCCUGCUUCUCGUUGGCGUCCCUGGCGUGAACCUGCCAGGAUUCGAGUUGCCAAAGGGCAUCAACGCCAUCCUGCCAAUCUUCCUGCAAGGUCUUAUGAACGGUACCGCCGAUCAGCGUACGGCGGCCGCGCUUGCCAUCUCUGAUAUCGUAGACCGUACAAGCGAGAGCUCCCUUAAGCCGUUCGUCACUCAGAUCACUGGUCCUCUUAUUCGUGUCGUCUCCGAGCGGUCGACAGAAGUCAAAUCUGCCAUUCUCCUUACCCUCAACAAUCUGCUAGAGAAGAUGCCAACAGCACUCAAGCCGUUCUUGCCACAACUGCAACGAACGUUUGCAAAGUCGCUGGCAGAUACUUCCAGUGACUUACUACGGUCUCGUGCAGCCAAGGCUCUUGGAACCCUGAUCAAAUUCACACCUCGUGUUGAUCCUCUCAUUGCGGAGCUUGUGACCGGUUCAAAGACAACGGAUUCGGGUGUAAAGACGGCCAUGUUGAAGGCUUUGUACGAAGUGAUUAGCAAGGCUGGUGCCAAUAUGGGAGAAUCUUCAAGAGCAGCUGUCCUCAGCUUAAUUGACAUGGAGACAGAUGAGAGGGACGAGAAUAUGACAAUCACCAACGCGAAGCUGCUUGGCGCUCUUAUGAAGAACGUACCUGCAGAUGUUGCCAGCACUUUGUUGAAGAACCGGGUUGUGACCACGUCCUUCAGUCAUACCUCUGUCCUCGCGCUCAACGCGGUUCUCCUAGAAUCAUCCGAGACGCUUCUCACUAGCCCACUGGCCGACGACUUGCCCGAUCUCCUCUGCCAGGGCAUGACGAACAAGGAGCCAUAUAUUGCGGAGAACUUCAUCCUUGCAACGGGCAAAUAUCUUCUGACUGACUCACCGAAGUCAUUCGAGUCAACAAAGCAGAUCUUUGAGACGAUAGCAGGUAUCAUCCCGCCAGGCGCCCCGGUUGAUAUGCGACGCCUGGCGCUGGUUCUUGUGCGUACACUUUCACGUGUCAAUGAGGACAUGGUGCGGCCCCACCUACCAAUGCUCGCACCCCCUAUCUUUGCUUCUGUUCGAGACAUGGUCAUUCCUGUCAAACUAGCAGCAGAGGCGGCGUUUGUGGCGCUGUUCAAUGUUGUCGAUGAGGAGAGCCGAGUGUUUGACAAGUACAUCUCUGGUCCGGGGGCAGAGCAUCUGCCUGCUGGUGCUAAGCGCAGCAUGCAGGACUACUUCAAGCGUGUAGCGUUGAGAUUAGGAAGCCAGGCGAGAGAGCGGAGAGAAGCGGAAGGAGGUGCAGGUGGUCUGGGCUUGGCUGGUGAUGAGGCUGAAGACGAAAAGGAGAUCUGGGCAGUGGGCAGACUAGAGGUUGGUGCCGAUGUGUUCGGCAAGGAUUGA